UCUAUAUUUUAGGGAUAACCUCUGUAGAUGCUAUCAUGCUCUGUUGAAAUAAAUGAUGAUAUGAUUCAGAUAAAGUUACUGUUUUACAAGAGCUCCUACAGCUUUAUUAAAAUCUUGAAAGGGUGCUCUCAGCUGAUUCAUUGUAUCAAGGCUUUCAGGAAGUUUAUUAUUUUUACUGUGUGUCCUAUGGUGAAUUAACCAGUGUCAGCCACGAUGCCGGCACCAAAGAAAAGCAUGUGUUGGUGUUUUGGAGGAAGACCGCCAGAAAUAACUUAUGGCAUCGACGGAGACACGCCCCUCAAGGCUAUGGAGGUGGAGGUGCCCAUGCCAAGUGACGAAAAAGAAAUCGACGAAAAAUUUGCAGAAAUUGUGGAAGAGCUGGAUGUGGAUAAGCCACAUAGAGAUGCUUUGUUUAAUCUUCCACCCGAGAAAAAAUGGCAGCUUUAUUGUAGUAAGAUCCAGAUAGACUGA